UCAUUUUUGUCGAGAGUCUCUACGACUCGGAAUUGAACUGUUCAUAUCGAGCGUCAUCACUUUUUUUGUUUAUUUGUUUUGUUUUUGUUUCCCCCAUUUGUUUUAAAUUUGUUGUUAUACAGUGUUAAUGCGUUUUUGUAUUGUUUUUAAUUCUGUAAAUACAGCAGGAUGGAACUUAAUUCUCUUCUACUUCUUCUUGAGGCAGCAGAGUAUUUGGAAAGAAGAGACAGAGAAGCUGAACACGGUUAUGCGUCUGUUUUGCCGUACGACAGCGACUCCAGAAAGAAAACUAAAUCUUCUCCCAUUUCAAGAAAAAACCACAACAAUAGGUCAUCGCACAAUGAGCUGGAAAAACACAGACGUGCCAAACUGCGGUUGUACCUGGAGCAGUUGAAACAGCUUGUGCCUUUGGGUCCUGAUAGCACCCGUCACACCACACUGAGUCUGCUCAAACGCGCCAAAAUGCACAUCAAGAAGCUGGAGGAACAGGACAGGAAGGCUCUAAACAUGAAGGAGCAACUGCAAAGAGAACAUCGCUACCUCAAACGGCGUCUGGAGCAGCUCUCUGUACAGGGCUUAGAGCGCAUUCGCACUGACAGCAUGGGCUCCACCAUCUCCACUGACUCUGAGCAAGAUGUGGAUAUUGACAUAGAGGGAAUGGAGUUCACGCCAGGUGAGAAUGAUAGUGUGGACAGUGUUAGCGAUGGUGAGGACCACUACAGCCUGCAGAGCAGCUCCAGCGAUGGAGGCCACCAUUCACAUUCCCACAGAUUACAGGCUCACAUCUGCUAGGCCGUGUCAGACCGCUACAGUGUGUCACCGCCAACAUACCCAUUAGCCACUCCCAGCUGGCAGGAAACACCUGGCUGACUUCCACUCAUCAGAAAACUCUUUUCCCUCUCAACCCUUGCAACACUUUAUAUCUGACCCAACCUCACAAAUACACACAAACAAACAAGCAAUAUGUGGUUUUAGUAAGAACAUGUGGUGUGGUAAUGCAGUUUUAACUUGUCUGUUCUGCUGCGGUGUGAAACUGGCUCUGUUCCAAAACUUAGUAACUACCUUGCUGCCUAGUUCUGUCAUUUAAGGCAGUAUAGACUCCUUAAUAGAUUAAUGGAAAGGGAGCAAAAGGCUAAAAAUCCAGGGCAGCAAUCAAACUGACUAGUCAAAACUGCAUGACUGUACUUGCGAAGGUGUAGAGAUGGGGAAAACACUUGUCGAGGUGUUGGUACCAUCAGAAUAUAAUUAUAUUGAUGCUUUUAGUCCCAUGUCUUUCUCUGUAACUUGCAAUAUUUUUUAAGCCUUUAUUCUUCAUCAGUAUAUAUGCAGUGCAGUGUGCAAUAAUAGGUAUAUAAAAGAAAGUUCUUUGUGCUAGGAAUUCCAACUCUUUAGACAGUCCCAGUCUUUAAAGCAGAUUAGACCAAAAAAAAAAAAAAAAAGAAAGAAAUUACUUUUGAAAAAAGAAGCCAAAACAUACUGGUGAUUUGAGGUGUAGUUUAUAUUUUCUGUUGUAGAUUUUGUAUUAUAUUUUCGUAAUUGUCCUUGAUUAAAAGACAAAUAAAAUAAUAAUAAUAAAUAUAUAUAUAUAUAAAAAUAUAUACAUAUAUGAAUAUUUAUAAAUGACAGAACAUGAGGCCUGGAUAAUGUUUGUAAGAUCUCUGGCAUUUGUUCUGUAUCUCCAACCGUCAUGUUGUGCCUUGACUGGUCGUAUCCCUUUUCCUCCCCUCAUCUCCUUGACACAUCCCUCCAGCCCUCCUCAGAUCACUUUCUGCCAGCCACCCGCAGCUUCCAUCCUCAGAAUACUCUUCUUUGGCCUUUGGCACAAGGUGACAAGAAAUAUUGGUUAGUCACCUCUGACCUCCAUCUUUUAAUUCCCGGAAAAUGUGCUUUCCAUUCUGCCAUGCAACAUCAUCCACAUCAGCGACACUGGUCAUCUCCUCUUUUGGCAGCUCGUCUCACCCCGUUGAAAAGCGUUAUCUAAUCAACUCUGCCCUUGAGGCUCUUUUCAUUUUAUUUUUUCAAGUUUGAUAAUAGCUGUCGUUUAUUGUACUUUAUGCCUAAUAUGUGUUUUGUUUUUCAAACAAUGAAGUGGAAAACCUUGGGAGAAGAGCAUUGGAAUCAAUCAUUAAUGGCAGCUCGAGUCCUCCCCACCCUCUCCCAAUGGUAGUUCCUGUUUUAGUGUUAAAGUGUGCUUAAGGUGAUGGUAGUAUUUGAUCAUUUGCCCAUAAAAGCAAAGAUACAGCAAUGUGAUCAUUUUGUUUGUAAUGAGGUGGAGACUGGGUGUAUUUGGUAAGCAGCACUGUUUCAAUACUAUGGUGCAUAUUGUGACCAACUUAUUGAGGUUUUUUUAUUGUUAUUAUUUUAUCUCUCCAUUCCCUGCAGACACCUAAAGGAGGGUUUUUUUAUUUUAUUUUUUAUUUUAUGUUUUUAUUUUAUUCUUUUAUUUUUUCAUCUUUUUGUAAAGCUAUUUUUUUUGUCAUUGAAGAGUUUACAUUUAUGUCAUGGAUAUGCCUGACUCAUGUAGCAAAACUAUGCUUUUUCAAUGUGUUCCAAUAUGUUUAUCAAGUGAAUUGUAAAAAAGAAAAAGCAAACUCUUGCACAGAACCUCCCAUCAACAUGAUUUGAUCUAGAGUUCAGAGAAUUGUGCAUGAGAUUUCUUUUUUUUUGUCAAAUUUUGAAGAGAUUGUAGCUUUCAUUGGCAGUACCUACGAAUCACGUCACAUGGUAAAUAUGUGAAAUCAAGCUAAAUUCAGCUUCCAGUGUGGUGAAAGAAAUACUUGUGACAGAGACAGGGCUAUUCAGUGGCUGCAGGGGUUUUGAAAGCUUUAAAACACUAAAAGAAAAAAAGAAAAGAGUGUAGGCCUAUGUCAGCAGAGAGGUACACAUAUAAUUAUGUGAAAAGAGCCAGGUGUCCAAGGAUCUCAUAUGAGUGUUCUAUAACUCCACAAAAAAAAAAAAAAAAAAAAAAAAAAAUGAUGGCAUGUUGUGAUGAUACUUUGCAUUUGUUGGGCCUUGCAGAUUAAGCUUUCUGCUGAACAUGUUUGAGCUUUGAGUGAAAGCUAGAUGGCAUGCGGACAGAAGACUGGGGGUCAAGGCUAUUUAAAGAACAGACCAGAAUGACCAAGAAAAAAAAUACAACUAAAUAUUAUUCCUUUUACCUUUGUUAUACAAAUAAAAGCACUAGAAGAAAGAAAAAACUUAAAUGAAAAAGAUUCCUGCCAUAUAGAUUCUAUUAGAUAUAAACUUAUUUUUCUAACACCUCCCAAUUGUGGGAGGCAUCAGGUGUAAUAUCAGAUUUAUAUCUUUAUAUGACUGUAGGUUUGUGACCCAUAUUUGCUGCCCAAUUUUUCUAUCUGCUUUUAUUUGUGUUCAUGAAGCAGUUUGUUGACAGGUCAGCAUGAGUAGCAUAUCUUGCGGAGCGCUUGCGUUUUAGCAUGAGUAAAACUUGCGGAAAGACUGCGAAGGGAGGGUUCUGUGCUAGAGACCUGUGAACAAAUUACCUUUUAGAAAACAAGUAAUAUGCAUUCAGAUGUUGUAUAAUAUUGUAAAGGUGUUUUUUUUUUUUUCUUUGUGUGUGUGUGUGUGUGUGUGUCUGAGUACGUUCACAUUUUCCAGGUGCUGGCUAUGUUUGAGCCCACACUCUAAAGGUAUUAUGUAUUCUUGUAUUGUAAUAUAAAUAAUUAAAAUGUUUUAUACAUA